AUGUCCUACACCUCAUACUCUGAGGCGCGAAUGUCGCUUCAUUCCAAGGGCUUUAAGCCCAAGCCUCGCAAAUCGAUGAGACCACCCGAGCGCGAGAUCGCCCUUCGAACAGAAUCCAUCGUUCCUGCCAAGACAACCCUUAUACUGAAGCCAAGUGGGAAUGCCCAGUCCGUCGCGGCAUACAUAAUCACCGACGAAGAAGAAGAGCCCGUAUACACAGUUUCCGGUCGCAAAUAUGGCGAUCGCGUUUGUCGAGAAUUCCACGACGCUUCGGGGCUACCCUUAUUCGAACUUCACACGAAGAGUGCGCUUGGCAGGCCUUAUUCGUGGUUCAUCACCAUGCCGGGUGGUGGUGAUCCAAAAAUUGCCGAGGGAGAGCCUCGAUGGGGAGGCAAUCAUAAGAGUAUGAAGUUCUCGUUUCGGAACAUGGCUGCCAACGAUACGAAGCGCGACGAGGAUAAGGAUAUGACUCUGGUUGUGACUCCGUGCGGUGAAAUUAUGGCCCGAUAUGAUAUUAUCGAUGGAGAUAGGAGGAUUGCUGGGGUGUAUGAGAGCAUUCAACACAAUGACACCCUGGCUCUGCUGCCUAAGUCACGACGGAAGGGUCUUCGACCUGCUAUGGACUUGACGAUUGUGGCGGGUGUUGAUUCUUCCUUGGUGGCUGCGAUAGCAAUUAUCAUGUUUGAAUGGACCUACGGGGCGGAGUAA